AUGACGGAUCGAACGCCGCCUGUCAUCGGGGCAGCCAAUCGCGAGCUGCGGGACCAAGACACGGGCCACGGGCCACAACAAGGCCCGCUGCCGAUCGAAGACGGCAGCGGCGGGCACAUACGGCCUGUCUCCCUAACUCGAGCCUCGGCCCUCGCAGACGAUAAGCACCCGAGUUCUGCACGACACGUAGACUACGCAGAUGAAAUUUUGUAUCAUAACAUUCUCAUAAUGGCUUUCUCUGGCAAAGACGCGGCGGUAGCAGCAGCGGCGGCGGCAGCGGCAGCGGCGGCGGCCCCCUCCAGCAAGUUCCCGGCCAGCUCCACCAUGUCGCUAGACUUCAGCGACCUGCGGCGGCGGCCCAGCGUCUCUCGCCUCGACGGAUCGCUAGACUCCUCGCCUGAUCGUCGCCUCAAUAGCCGGUCGGGCAGCGUGUCGGUGGUGGCGGGCGGCGGCGCCGAGCUGGCGCUGCUCGAGCUUCUGCUGGCCAGGGAGCGCGACCCGCUCCAGCACCAGCACCAGCUGCAGCACCAGCACCAGCACCACGCCUUCCCCAGGAGGCACUCCGCGCACUGCUACCCCACCGAAGACGACGCGCACCUCGCCAUGUUUUCAUGUUUGGCAGUACGACUGUUAGCGCAGCAAGCUGUCAAACUGACGGGUGGACCUGCCGCCGCGGCGGCGGCGCUGCGCUACGGCUUCCACGGACUGCAGCAGCAGGCGCCGCCUCCGCUGCCGCCGCCGUUCGCCGGCAAGCAUCCCAAGCUGCCUCCCGUGCUGGCCGGAGGCGGCACGCAGGCGCUCGGCCGCAAGGGGUCGCCGCCCGUGUCGCCGCUCAGCAAGCACUUCUCGCAGGCGCUGGCGCAGCACGCCGCCUCCAAGCAGCAGCAGCAGCAGGACAAGGCGGCGGGCCAGCACAAGGCGCCGCCGCAGGAGCACGACCAGCUGGAGCAGUACCGCCAGCUGCGCCAGCAGCAGCAGGCCGAGCUGCUCAAGCUGCAGCAGCAGCACAAGCAGGAGCACCAGCUCAAGUACUCGCAGCCCGGCACCCAGCAGGACUACCACCUCUACCAGCAGGCCCGGCAGCAGCAGCAGCACAUCGCUAUCGACCAGCACCGCCCCUCAGCCUUCCAGCAAGGCCACGGCAGACCGGACUAUGUGGAACAGUAUCAACAGGUGCGGCAGCACCAGGAUGCACUUCAGCAGAACGGCUACAAGCAACAACAGGUCCAGCAGUACCAGCCCAAACAGAACAAUAUUGACGCGUACUUCCAGCACAAGACACAACAGCAGCAGGUGCAUGGACCUCCAGACUCAGCAGAUGCACCCAAAUGA